GACUCGCUCCAGCAGCACUCACACACACAGCGGCCAAAAAAGGACUACAAUACACAGAUUUAUUUGUUUUUGUUAAAAGACAACGCCAUUUUUGUAGUAGCUACAACUCUACAGAACCUUUGAAUCAUUUUAAAUAAUAUUCCUGGAACCGGAUGUUUUUUUUCUUCCAGAAGGCCUCGGUGUUUGGCAGCUGGAGUCCGAAUGAGAGCAGGAGGAAAAAAAAAAGAGUGACUGAGCUGCACCACCAGCGCUAGGACUUUCCACCCCCCCCCCCUCCCGUCCACCCCUUCCCCACUUUCCCCUCCUGAGCCUCUAAAUAAGCUUGGGUUUUGCAGUCGCUUGAGGAAUUCUCGCCUUCCCUCUCCUUUCCCACCACCGCCAUCCACUCUGACUCCCCUGCUUUACUGCUGAAGGGGGGCCGGGGAGAUGCUCAGAUGAUCCAUUGUGCGAUUCCGAACCACACUGUUCACACAGCCCCGAACCGAGAAGAGUAACUAGCGAGCUUGUGAGAACCCGUGGAGGGUGCUCUGCACCCUGUGAGGUCGCCCACGAAGCCUGGCAGAAAGCUCGGCUCGCCCCUUUCCUCCUUUAGCCCCUGAGAUGCCCUCCCCUCCAAACGAUGGAGAGGAUCAAGGAGCGUCCCCCGCSAACGUCCCAUCUGUGGGUUCCUACCAGAGCAGCGGGAAGAGGAAAGUGCAUUCCAAGAAGAAGAAAGGCACCAUCACUGCCAAUGUUGCUGGCACAAAAUACGAGAUAGUUCGUACAGUCAUCAGCGAGAUGUACUUCAUCAAAGCACGGGAUGAUGAUGAGACCGCCAACCUCAUCUGGAACGACUCUGCUGUGCAGCACGAGAAAAUUGCUGAGCUCAGGAACUAUCAGAGAAUUAACCAUUUCCCUGGCAUGGGCGAAAUCUGCCGCAAAGACUGCCUAGCGAGAAACAUGUCCAAAAUGAUCAAGUGCCAGCCUCAGGAGUACAGCUUUAUACCUAAAACCUGGAUCUUCCCAGCUGAAUACACUCAGUUCCAGAACUAUGUCAAAGAGCUUCGCAGGAAACGCAAGCAGAAGACCUUUAUAGUCAAGCCUGCCAACGGUGCUAUGGGUCACGGGAUCUCGCUUAUUCGUAACUGUGAGAAGCUGCCAGCCCAGGAGCACUUUAUUGUUCAGGAGUACCUGGACAAGCCAUUUCUGAUGGAGGGCUACAAGUUUGACCUGCGCAUCUACAUUCUGGUCACUUCCUGUGACCCGCUUCGCAUUUUCCUUUACAACGACGGCCUGGUUCGUAUGGGCACAGAGAAGUACCAUGCACCCACCGAGGCCAACCUGAGCCAGCUCUACAUGCAUCUGACAAACUACUCAGUCAACAAACACAAUGAGAACUUUGAGCGAGACGAGACCGAGGACAAAGGCAGUAAGAGGUCCAUUAACUGGUUCACGGAGUUCCUCCGCACCAAUGACUACGACGUGGCCAAGUUCUGGGGAGACAUCUCGGAAUUAGUGGUGAAAACAUUAAUAGUGGCUGAGCCUCAUGUGCUGCACGCCUACCGCAUGUGCCGCCCUGGACAGCCACCAGGGAGCGACAGCGUCUGCUUUGAGGUCCUGGGCUUUGACAUCAUACUGGACCGCAAGCUCAAACCCUGGCUUCUGGAGAUCAAUCGAGCUCCGAGCUUUGGAACCGAUCAGAAGAUUGAUUAUGAUGUGAAAAAAGGAGUACUGCUCAACGCUCUCAAACUCUUAAAAAUUAGGGCCAGUGAUAAGAAACGUAACCUGGCCCAACAAAAGGCCGAAGCUCAGAGACGGCUUUAUGGACACGGCUCCAUGAAGAAACUCUCAGCUUCAUCCUCUGACUGGGAGAAACAACGUCACACACUGGAAAGAAGAAGAGAAGAACUGAAAGAGCGGCUUGCACAAGUUCGCAAGCAGAUUUCCAGAGAAGAGCAUGAAAACCAACAUCUGGGGAAUUACAGACGUAUUUACCCCCCAGACGACAAGCUGCUGUUGGAAAAGUAUGAAAGCCUGCUCUCGGCCGCCUUUCAGACCUUCCUCGCCGGGCGAGCUGCCUCACUUCAAAAGGAAAUGAAUAAUCCUCUGAAACGAAUGAAGGAGGAAGAUAUACUGGAUCUACUGGAGCAAUGUGAACUGGAUGACGAGAAGCUGAUGGGCAAACCCUCCAGGCAACGAGGCCCAAAGCCUUUGACCUCCAUGCCAGAAUGCAGUCAGACGCCAAGACGUCAACGACCAGAUUACCUGGCUGACUUCACCAGCGGCAGCAGCGCCAAUAAUUCCUGCUCCUCUUCAGAUGAAGAGGAGCAGGACAAGAGGAGGAACGCCGGAAAAGGUAGACACGGAGAGAAGAGAGGAGAGAAAAAAGUUUCCUACGACCUUGGCGAGAGCAAGGAAAAGAACUUGGUUGAGCGCUCAGGUCGGAUGCACUGGAAACCUCCACUGAAGUCACUCAAACCCAGCACCGCUCUGUCUGUGUCACCUACGCUCUCUGGCCCAAUCAGACGCUCCAUUUCUUGCCCUCGCUCUAUUGCCUCUCUUUCGUCGCCCAGUGAGGUGCGAGCAUUGUCCACCAGGCCUUCUCCUACAGUUCCCUUGGCAACGCCUCUUACCAGACCGAGCUCAGCCACACUUCGCUCUCAUUCGCUGAGCCGCAGUAGCUCCGCCCACCGGGUACCUCACAGCAACAGCCUAGGAACGAUCCACUCUAACAUAGGUGACCCAUUGAUAAAUCUAAGAAGUAAAGAGCAGGAGGCUGAGCUGGUGCGUCAAACUCUGUCUGCCCUUAUUGCCAUGCGGAUCAGGUUUCCUGGGAAAACUGAAGAGGAGGCUGAAGCUGUUUUGGAUGAGAUCCACGACAACUGGAAAUACCAUAAACCAAAAGUUGCAUCUUAUUGGCUGGUGAAGUUGGACACAACCAAACAACGAAAGGUGUUAGAUAUUGUACGAACCAAUGUCCGCUCGGCGCUGCAUCGGAUCUGGAGGGACCCAGAUGUCGAAAGCCUACAUCUCUAUCGGCUGUUCCACCGUGUGUUCAAUCGACUUCUCUGGAGUCAYGGCCAGGGCUUAUGGAACUGCUUCUCCAACACUGGUUCGUCGUGGGAGACCGUCUUCAGCAAGGGCAGCGAGGUGCUGUCGCCCCUGGAGCUGCAGUGCUGCCGGCGGCUGGUCCAGUUGUGCCGAGACUGCCUACUGGUCGUUUACAAGUUCGUUUCAGAGUCCCGUGGCUCUUUGACCGGACUCAGCCCCGAAUGGGAUGACACCAGGUACCUGCUGCCAGUGACCUCCCAGUUCAUCAUGAAGUGGCCUUCGUCCAGCUUUGGCCGCCUCUCCUCGGCCGCGCCACGCUCCCGCAGCCUUUUUGCCGCCAGGAUGGACCACUUCUGAGGCCACCGUGGCAAGCCUGGCUCCUGAAACCUUGCCUUUUGACCUCAACGCCCGCCUGUCACCUCUGCCAUGACUCCCACCCCAGCCAAACCUAGAUCUUAGUAACCCCAGUGCAGACUGGACUCUGAACGGGGUCUCAACCUUGCCCAUUUGCCUCGUGGAAGAUCAACUAGGAUCUCUGCUGGAGGAUUUGAGGUUACUGAAGGGUGUUGUUCAGUUUAGGUUAGAUGACUCCUCAGACCAGCACACCACUGAAAUCCUUCAUCCCUCCCAUCAGCAUCAGCAACGUCAGAGGGUGGAGUCGCCUCUCUGUUCUCAUUGCACUUAUUGUUUCAUAUUUUACCAUACGGUUACAAGUCAUGGUACUGUAAAAGAAAGAAUUUAAAACGACUAAACAAUGCAAAAGUUAUUUAUUUAUUUAUUUAUUUAUUUAUUUAUUUUGUAAGGUGUUUCACGAAUACAGUGAUGAAGAAUGCAGAUUGGAAGUUUUAAAUAUGUUUGUAAAAAGCUUACAUUUGCCAGCUGUAUCAGUAAAUUUAUUCCUGUUUUCAGAUUUUAAUUUAUUUGAUAACUCGUAUCAGAUUGCUUUAUGGUAAUUAUUUUAUGUUUUUUUGCUGCCCAGGGAACUCAAAAUGUUUUAACUUUCAAAUGCUGACGCUUUUCUUUUGUUUUGUUUUACUCGUGUGAUGUUUAAGUGCAGCCCAAUUAAGGGACCGAAUAUUUCGAAUGUGAGUGUUGUAAGCCAAGCCUUUUUGCUGCCUAGAACACAAGCUGGUUUAAAUGCCCCAGCGAGAAGAGCCAAACCUCUCAGAGCUCCCACUAGUUCCUAAUAUGCAUUGUGCGGUGUGUGUCACGGAAAGCAAAAGCGGCUGCACAUUAGUAGAGUUUGCAUGCUUAGACUUUAGUCUGUUUAGAUCCAGCUGUAGUGGUUAAACAGAGGAGCUGCGUUUGGAAUAUACUUGAAGUUUUGUUUUGGUCUUUUCAAUGAUGGUGUCAUUGCGAAGAGGACGCUUUACUUUCACGUUUGUCAUCUUGAGCACUGAUGUUUUUAGGACAACAAGGAUGUGAUUCAGAUUGUUGAGCACGCUGAAUGAGCCCAUACAUACUGUACUGUAACAACAGUGACUUGUUCAGGAUGCAGCUGCAGCCUUUGUCCCCACUGCACUGUAGGUACAAGUGCCAGGGAUUUCAUUGAUGUGUUCAUAAUUAGCACAUCGCGUUGGAUUUUAUUUUAGGCUUACAUGUCAUAAUCCACCACAGAACCUCAGUUUUACAUUUAAAUGUUAUAGCGAGAAAAGUGUUGUAUGUUUAGUAGGUUUUUUUUUUGCUCUGUGUACUACUAAAAAAAGUACAAUAUGCAUUUUAUAACAGUUCUAUCUAACAAUUGUAGCAGCAAUGCUGUGCUAAAAAAAAGGCUCAAAUUGAGGUACCACAGGUUUCUUUCUUUCUUUUCUUCAUGCCAAAAGGUUUGUUUUGCCUAAUUUUAUUUGUGUAAUUUAAAGGUAGUACAUUGUCUUUGACUGAACAGGAUUUUUAAUUUUAAAUAGCAAUAAAAUGUUAAACAAUUUCA